AUGCAGUCUGUUCAGGUGGAGCCCGAGGUGCGACCAAGCUGGGGCCCCGAGGCCUCGGACUCGUCGUCCUCUUCCCCCAGUGUUCGAGGUGGCAAGCGCAAGCAUGGAACGGCAGCAGUGAAGCGUCAUGCUGGGAUGAAGAAACAUAUUGAUGCAGCUGCUAGACACAGAGACAAGGGCGGGAAUCUUCUUCCACCCAAAUUGGUGCAAGGCACACUGGACUUCUCCAACGGGUCUGCUAAUACAUCACUUGAGCACCAAGUCAGCAAGGCAGAAACUACUUUUGCUUUGUCUGUUGUGGCCAAGGGAAUUCCUUUUUCAUGGGGAGACACGGCAACUUCGAUUUAUCACUGCAUGUUCCCCGACAGUGACAUUGCCAAAAAGUUUAGUUGCGGCAGAAUAAAGUUGAAGUUGGCCCGCAUUGUAUCAGAUGGACUGGGUCCCUACUUUAAAGGACAAGUGGUGACUGAGCUGUGCCAGCCAAAUGUCUAUUUUUCCAUAAUGAUUGAUGAGACGCCAAAGCCAGAGCUAAGGGUGCAGCAACUAGAUGUGCUGGUACGCUAUUUUUCCAGCAGCCAACAGGAAGUUGUUGUUGAACAUGUCCAGUCAUUUGAUCUUGGGCGUGCAACCGCUGAAAUAAUUGUUGGCUGCAUAGAAGAAGCAAUAGCAGAUCUUCCAAAGCAAGGACUUGUUUGCUUUUUUAGUGAUGGCCCUAAUGUUAUGAAGAGCGUAAGAAACAAGCUUCAGAAGCAUGUGGCACCAAGUUUGAUUGAUAUUGGCAACUGCAAUCUUCAUAAGGUUCAUAAUGCAUUUGGCAGAGGCCUGAAUGCAUUUGGCUUAGAUGUAGAAGAAGUAGUGAGAAAUAUUUACUACUACUUCAAAGGUGCUGUCCGCGCUGAAGCACUCAGAGAAUGCCAGGAUACCUUGGGAAUCUCUUGUCAUGUAUUUCUGCGCCACGUUUCUAAUCGCUGGCUGACGCUACAAGACUCACUUUGCCGAGUUGAGGAACAGUUUGAAGCGCUUCGCACCUAUUUUUUUAAGGGCAAUUCAUCUCGUCAACGACCUGACACCCAAAGCCUACACAACAAGCUUGUGUCGGCAUUUUCUGAGAAACAACUUUUGGCCAAAGUGUUGUUUCUUAAGAACUGUGCGCAGCUUUUCAGUGGAUUUCAGCUGUUCUUCCAAAAGCAAGAGCCGCUCUUGCACAUACUUCACGUUGAACUUAUUGUUCUAGUCCAACGAGUCCUCAGUCGGUUUCUUCGUCAUGAAGCCUUUGCAGACAAGAGCGCUGAACAACUGAAAAGGCUAGAUGUGAUGGGUGCAUCCCUUUGGAAAUCAAGGCCGGAAGUUGGUACAGAUACUGAAAAAUCAAUGCUUGAGUGGGACUCUAGUGAGAAGAAGCGGUUUUAUCUUGGAGCACGUGCUUUUUACUUGGCCUGUGCCAAGGAUCUUCUUCAGAAGCUUCCACUCGACAAUAGAGUUCUUCAAUCUGCUAGCCUCCUCAAUUGGCAGUCAACAAAUGUUGAAUCGAAAGUGCGAGCACUGAAGUACCUUGUGUCUCAGCUUCCACAGGUAAUCAAACAUGAAGAAGUUUCCUCAGCCAUCGAUGAGUGGCAUAUGUUAAAGUGUGACUCAAACAGUGACCUCCUGGCACUUGGAGGUGAAAGAAUUGAUGUUCGUUGGGGCAAAAUAUUUGAACUGAAGUCUCCUGGAGGUCAACCAAAGUAUCCAUUAUUGUCGAGGCUUGUCAAGUGUCUGCUGUGCCUGCCACAUGGCAAUGCAGACUGCGAACGAGGAUUUAGCGAAAAUAAGCGCUUUUAUGAGAACCGCUACUCAUUAUGCAUUGCAAGCAUUAACGGGUUGCGCCAGACAAAGACAUACCUCCGCAGGUAUGAUGGAGAUGCCACUAAAGUUCCCUUGUCUACAGAGCUUCUGCAAAGUGUAAGGAGAUCUAGAGCCCGAUACACAGAGAGAACUGCAAGUGCACAGCAAAGCAGGAAAAGGCUUGGAGACCAAGACACUGGUGCUGAUGUCGACGAAAAGCAACUUCGUAAGAACUUGGAAGAAAAGGUCACCUCAAGUAGGGCAUUGCUGAAACGAGCGGAAGACAUAAUUUCUUCUGGUCUGCGUUCUAAGAGCCUGGAACAAGUUGAAGCUGGGCAAACUUUAUUAGCUGAAGGCAACUCCGCUUCGAGCCAAACCCUCUCACAGCUGGAAGAACUAAGCAAGAAGGUGAGCAAGAGGACGUACCGUAUUUACACGAUUGAUUAUUCAUCGUCGCUGGAGUCAUCCUCGCUGGUGCUGCUGCCGUCCCACAGCACGUCGUCGUCAAGUGCGAGUCCACACUUCGCGAACGACCGCACCACGGCAUCGCGUGAGACGGCCGCCCAUGCGGAGAGGACCCACCCGCACACAGUAGCCAGGGAGGCUCUCCUCACACGCCCGCUUGGCACAGUCAACUGCCGCCUGCAAGCACAGGCGACCCUAAUACACAACCUACAGCCUAUAUCUCUAAACCUUCUUGAGGACAUCCUUUCAAGGUUUGUGAGGCCAGCACUGCUAAAGCAGUACAGUGACAUCUGUUCGAUAGACUACCAGAGCAGAAAUGUGCAAAAGGAUGACCAAGACUUGGUAAUUGGACACCAAGCUAAGUGUGUUGUUGAAAAGCUCAAGCCAAGUGACAAAAAGGAAUUUUUUGAGGCUGUUAGAAGUCUGGAUGUCUACAUCCAAGCAUGUCCACUGGGCGACUCCUCUGGUGACUCCUACAGCUCUCGCUCUACGGGGGAGAGCCCUGUAGUGCCUCAGAAUGCGGCACUCUACAAGGAAGAAGUUGGCAUUGGGGGUGCGGUGAGCCUGUCUGAAUAUCGGCAGCGGAUGCGGGACACUGCGCGGCAACCACCUGCAGCAGUGCCUGCCGUGACAGUGCUUGACAGCCCUGUCAAGCGCAGUUCUCUCGGCCGGCCUCACGACAUCCCAGCCGACACCAGGGCCAUAGAUGAUGACGAGUCAUGGCCCCAGCGAGAGCGGCUGAGCCAGAGGCUGCGCCGAGAGUUUGGCCUGCUGGAUGAUGACUCUGACACGGAGAGGGGCACCACUUCUGCAGGUCAGCUAUUUCCCACAUUUGACGGAAGGAGAACUGGCGCCAAUAUUUUGGUAGAGUUUGCGGCUCAGACGUGGAGAGGGAUGAAGCAACUGGCACAUCUGCUGAACCUUCCCCAGGUUGAGCUUCAUCCCGACCGUCGGCGUCUAGAUGAGUUUGUCCGAUACCGUUUUGUUCAUCAUGUGCUCUCGUACCAUGCGAAAGUCCCGAGCCUCUACGGCGGCAUCCGAGGGCGAAUCAGGUGUGACAAAUUCAGGGGGCAAAUGCUCCCGAUGUUGCCUCCAGAGUCGACCAUCUCGCAGUGUGACAUCAGCAAUUGUGGUAGCUCGACGUGGAAGUAA